AUGGCACUGGUAGCUGUGACUGCGUCUCCUGUCACCGCGUCAGCUGGAGCAUUGGUGCAGCGCUCCACGAGCGGGUCAAAUCCAAGCGCGGUUGCGUCGUCCCUGUUCCCAAGCAGCACAAGAAGCUUGAAAUCAAACGCCGCUGUUUUCCGGCACCGUCAAAAUGCGGCUGUCAGCAGGACUAGCAGAGUGCGGGCGAAUGCGGGGGACGCAACAGCGGCGCAGACGGCGGAGGCAUCAGCGCAGGCGACGUCGCGGAUGAUGGAGGUGGACAAAGACACCUUCUACCCCGAGCUCGAGAAAGCGGCGGCCGCGGAUAAGCUCGUCGUGCUCGAUAUGUACACCCAGUGGUGUGGCCCGUGCAAGCUGUUGGCGCCGAAGGUGGAGGCGUUGGCAGAGGAGAUGCAGGACGUGGUGUUCCUGAAGCUGGACUGCAACCAGAAUAACAAGCCUCUGGCGAAGGGCCUUGGAGUCCGGUCGGUGCCGACGUUCAAGCUCUUCCGCAACCUGACGCAGAUUGAUGAGCCCAUACCUGGUUCCGAAGUUAGACGCUUGCGAACUUUCAAGUUUUCGUCGGCUUACGGCGGCGUACAGGGCGAAAUGCCCCGCGAUGGCGACUGCGCGAACGCCACAGCAGAUAACGACGGCGAACGGGAGAGGAUGAACCCGUCCAAGCGCAGGAAAUGCGACGUCGCCGAUGCUUCCGGUGCUUCGCUGUGCGAUGCGAAAGCGUCGGCGACCCAAGCCACGUCGGGUAACACGGCAUCGGCGAACAACACGCCUACAACUUCGCAGGAUAAGCGGCGUGCGAAGACCCCGCAAACGGAAGAGGAGUACUCAGAUGGUUCCUCCGAUGACGAACCUGACGAAGCACCUGACGACGCACCUGGAAAUGACGUGUCAAAAACGCAGAAGGGAGGAAAUCAAGCAGACAGCGCGACUGAAAAAGCACCUGGAAAGGCACGUGGAAAGACGCCUGAGAAAAACGCCUCGGCGCCGCAACCCAAGGAUAGUAAGGGGAAGAACAGAGGGUACCUGGGAGUCAGGCAGAGAGCUUCUGGCCGUUGGAUCGCGGAGAUUAAAGACACGAACCACAAGAUCCGCAAGUGGCUCGGAACGUUCGACACGGCGGAGGAAGCCGCCCGAGCCUACGACGAGGCUGCGCGGCAGAUACGGGGAGCCACCACCCGAACCAAUUUCACCGCGCCGGACUCACCCACAGGGGGAAAAGGCGGCGGCGCGCUUAAGGGCUCGCAUGCGUCGGGAAGCAGCAGUCUGCCGCCCAUUCCGUGCUCCGUAGUUACGGACCCGGCAACCUCGAGGAAAACCCUAGACGAUGUCCUUCGAUCGCUACCUCCCCCGCGCAAAGCAGGCUCGCUGCAAAAAUUCCCCCCUGCGCCUCCCCUUCCUCCCUCCGCCGUUGCCGCCGCUAUUUCCGUGUCCGGAUCCGCGGGGUCGGCGCUAGCCUUGCCCCUGAUACAGCCGCCUACGCGCCAGGGCUCCGCUACUCGGUUUCUCUCCGCGGCCUCCGCGGCCCGAGCAUCCACACCCCCUCCUGACGCGGAAACUGCUGUUGCCCUCUCUCUCGCCCUUGCCGCCGCCGCUGCUCCCAACGCUGCUCUUGCAAACACAACUGCUUCUAUCGCAGCUGCUUCUAACGCAGCAGGUGGCACCGCUCCCAUUAGAAGCCCCAUUGCUGCGGCUAUAGGUCAAAGCAAACCGUUCGUAAACGCCUUGACACCCUCACCUCCUCCUUCCAUCCUCAACCCAAGCGUCGCACAAGCAAUGCGCUCCCUUUCCCCAGCACCAGCACCAGCACCACCAGCAGCAGCAGCUCCCGCCAGCAAUGCGCUACCUUUCCCCAACAUCACCCUUCCCUCGUCCAGCAAUUUCCGCCGCCCCUCCGUGCUUCCGCUCUUCCCCCGCGCCUCGUCUGUUGGCAGCAGCGUGCAUGACUCCGCCUCUAGCGGCUUCCCCAUCCCCCUUCCGCGCUCCCCAUCCAUUAAAACCCCCCCGCCCCAGAACCCCCUUCCUCCGAGCAACCUUUCCCAGGCCGCCCUUCCCCAGGCCGCCCUUCCCCAGAACAACCUUCCUCAGAACCUCCUGACUCAGCAAUCCAGUGGAGUGUCUGCCCAGGCUGUUGAAUUUGCUGUUGCAGCGGCUGCAGCUGCCGCAGGGAGUGCGGGUGGUGCAGGUGGUGCAGGCUCAACUGGGGUAGGGCCAGCCGGGGUAGGUUCAGCUGGUGCAGCUGCUGGUGGGGCAGGCGGUGUGCUUGGGCAGUAUCUAGGGCAGCAGCAGCAGCAACAGCAGCAGCAAACGCCGCAGCAGCAGCAGCAACAGCAGCAGCAACAGGUAGCGACCAACCCCCUCUUCCCCGUGUUCCCCUCUUCCGGGUCUAUUUCCUCCCCCCCGCCCCCGCAAUGGGCGCAAGGGGUGCUCUCGGGGGGGCUGACGGCGCAGCAGCAGGCGCAGGUGCAGCAGGAGAUGCAGCGACUGGAAGUAGGCCACAGGGGGGGUGCAACCGGUCCAGGUGUAUCCGAUGCAGGUGUCGCUGCCGGUCCUGGGAUUGCUUUUGGUGGGGCUCCUGCUGGUUCGAGUGGUGCGGCUGGCGGUUCAAAUGGUGGAGCUGGUACGGGUGGUGGGAUGGCUGCUUCAGGUGGUGGGCUGGCAGCGUCAGGUGCUGGAAAUAAGAAGACGCUGAAUGAUGUUGAGCUUUUGCUGCUGCGAGCACUGUUUUCUGCUGCCCAGAUACCACAGGCCGCCAUUGCCGCGUGGGGCAAGCAGUACGGCGUCAACGGGGAGGUGCAGGUGAAGCUGGGGGAGGGCGGAUCUGGUGCAGGCGGCUCUGUGACCAUCCAUGGGCUGACUGGUGGGCAGGCCAAGGGGACAACUGCAGGAGAGGCGGAUAAGGCGGGAGUUGGGGAUGCGGAAGGAGGGUAUGGAGGAGGCAAGGGAGUGGAGGGAGUGGGAGGAGAGGGAGGGGAGGGAGGGGAGGGAGGGGAGGGAGGGAGAGGAGGAGGGAGUGGUGGCGGCAAGGGUGGCGGAGGCGGUGGGGAGGGAGGGAAGAAGGCGCCAGUGAUUCAGAUUCUGCCGGGCGGGGUGCGUGUGUCUGGGGACGUGUUUCUGGAGUUUUCUAGGAUGGACUCUGCAGAGCUCUUUGGUGACCUCGCUGCCCUCUCUUCCCUUCCGCCCGCAACCCCCGCCGCACCUGCCGCUGCUACCCCUCCUGCCCCUGCCGCCCCUGCUGCUGUUGUCCCUGCCGCCCCUGCUAGACCCCCUGCCCCAGCUGCCCCGGCCGCCGCCCCCGCCCCUGCCGCCGCCGCCCCCGCCCCUUCCGCCACUGCUUCUGUAGUCCCUCCUACAUCUGCCUCUGCUCCUCCCGUCGCUAUCUCUGGCCUGGCUUCCAUUGCAACUUCUGCCCCAGACGUUGCCCCCACAGGGAACCCAGGCCAAACGGGCAACCCUGCUAUUUAUAGUAACCCUGCUAUGUGCGGGGUUUCGAGUGAGGGAACGGGGUUGAGCCUUUGGCUGCACGCUCCCAUGGCGCAUGACAGCACUAUAGGCACUGCUACAGGCACUGCUACAGCCGGAGGCGCUAUCAACUCUGCUUCUGCUAUGGACACAGACACAACUACAGCCGUAAAUGCAAUAGGCGCGGGUGUACCUGCAGGCACUGCUGCUACAGCCGUAGACACAGUAGAUGCAGCUGCAGCUACACACACAGGCACAGGAAUGGGUUCUAGUGAAGGAACUGGUGCUGGUGGUACUGCAGGGGCAGCAGAGGUAGUGGCCACGGCUGGAGCAACAGAGGCAGCAGGGGCAGCAGGGGCAGCAGGGGCAGCAGGGGCAGCAGGGGUAGCUGGGGCAGGAGGGGCAGGAGGAGAAGCAGGUGGGGCAGCAGAGGCAGCAGCGGAGCCAAUUUCGGCGGAACGUGCUCCUUCCCCUCCCCCCCUGCCCUCCUGGGCCACUCCAUCCGUCCUUCCUCCCAGCAAUACCAAGCCAUUUCCAGGCGAAGGUGUGGCUGGAGUGGGCUCAACUGGGGCAGGUUCAACUGGGGCAGGUUCAACUGGGGCAGGUUCUACUGGGGCAGGUUCUACUGGGGCUCAUGCGGCUGGGUCUCCAGGCCUCAGUGUGUACCUCUCAGGUUCGGCGACUCCAGGCUCGGGAACCCCGGGCCUGUCCCGCACCUUCUCUGACAACCCUCUGCUUCGGUUUGCCAGGCUUGAUUCCUCUGACCUGUUUGGCUACUCCCCUAGUGCAAAUAUGGCCGCCCAGGAAGGGUCAGGCAUAGGUGGGGAUGGGGCUGCUGCUGCUGCAGUGGGGGAAGCGUCUGAUCUCAAGGGUAUUCCUGCAGAGACUGUGGCUGCUGCUGAUGCUCCUCUCCCUCCCGCUGACGCUGCUGCUGCUGCUGCUGCUGCUUCUGCUGCAGAAGCAGACGAAACUGGUCAGCCGGGAGGUAGCGAUAAGGGGUGGCAGGGGAGAGUGGGCAAGGGCGAGCAUGCGGGCACUGGCAGCGGCAGCAGCUUGAUGCCUGUGAAAUGGGGCGCGUUUAAGUCCCCUCCCGUGCGACCACCUGCUACCAUGGCAGCUGCAACCACAGCAGCUGUGAAAAGCGGGGACGCAUACCCUGCUACGCGCUUCAAGGCUGGCCUGAUUGAUAUGAGCACACCAGAGGGUCGCCAAGGAGCGGGAACAGAGCUCUCCCUCUCUCCUUCUCCCUGCAAGCCCAAGCCUCCGCGCCCUCCCCUCUUCGCUUCAUCUCCUGCCUUGCCUCCGCCCGCCAAACCCUCAUUCUCUGUGGCUGCUACCGCUCCUCCUGCUGCUCGGAAUGGCGGCGGCGGUGGUGACGGUGGUGGUGCUGCUCCUUUCGCUGGAGAUGCUGCUGGGGGUGACACUUUUGCUAACGCCUCUGCUGCCACUGCUGCGGCUAAUGGUGGCUCUGCAAGUGCAAAUGCGAAUGCGAAUGCAAGUGCAAGUACAAGUGCAAGUGCGAGUUUCAAUGCGAAUGCAUCUCCAUGGGGACCCCAGCCAUCGCCAUCCACCCUCAGCAUGCUCUCGCCUUGCUCCC